AUCAAUCCCCUCAUUUGCCUAUUUCCAGCGUCCUCAAAUAUCGGACUCCCCCCAAUCUCGGUUUUUCCCUCGCUUUUCUCUCUCUCUCUCUCUCGCCGCCGAUCCCAAUUAUUCCUCCGAUUCCCCGUUAGAUUUUCCGAUUUCAGUUUCAGAUUUUUUCCGUUAGUGCCAGGAUUUUUGCUGGAUAUGAAAUGAUGCAGCGACUCGUCGACAACGCCAUCGCUGUCACCAAAGAGUCAGUGAAGACGUUUACGUAUGAAUCGCUGAACAAUAUUGUGAGAUUCAUCAAUGGAGUUUCGGCUCUGCUGUUGGCGUUAUUGCCAGGUAAGGCUAAUAUCCUUGAAGGCAUACAUGGCUGGGAGCUCAGGCCUACCUUUCGUGGACCUCGAUUUCCUCGCUGGAUGGAAAAUGGGGUGUCCUCUUUCAAUCAAUUCAUACAUGAGCUUUCUGUGGAUUCUGAUUCCGAGGGUUCGAGCGUGAGCAUAGACUAUGGGGAAGAAUAUAGUGAUGAAGACAUAUGUCCUGCAUCCCCAUCUUCUCAAAGUUCAAGAGUCUCCAGGUCUUAUAGUAUCCCUAGGCAAUGGACAGGGUGGAUGUGGAUCAGAUACAUAUUUUAUUGGAUUCUGUUUCCUGCAAGGUUCCUGCUUGGCCUUCCGGGGCUGCUUUGCCGUUCUUGUUAUAAUAAGAGCGCGACACCCUCUUCUGCACCAGGUCGCAGUCAGCUUUCGCACAGGACUAGUUCUUUGAAUAGAGUGCAGUUCCUCAAGGAUCACAUUAUUCAGCGCACUACUGAUAGGAGACGUGGAGUCAUUGAGGAUCUUCAUCUAGCGAUUGAGAUAUUCAUAGAAGCUGUAUUCGAUGUUGUUUAUAAAGCAGCUCAUUUUGUUCUUUCCCCAUUUGAUGCUCUUAGAACACUAUUUGGGUGGUUUUCAUCAAACAACAACAGAGUUCAAGAUACUCAUGGUAGUGCUUCAGAUGCUUCUGUUCCCACAGCUACACUUGGAGAUGAUGAUCCAGUUCCUACAGAAAGGAACACUUCGUUUCAGGCGCUAAAUACUGAUGCUCGAACAUGCCAGGAUGUCAUUACAGAGCUUGGGUAUCCAUACGAAGCUAUUCAUGUGAUCACUAGUGAUGGAUAUGUUCUUCUCUUGGAAAGAAUCCCAAGACGUGAUUCACGAAAAGCUGUUUAUCUGCAACAUGGAAUUCUGGAUUCAUCUAUGGGUUGGGUGUCCAAUGGGGUUGUCGGUUCACCUGCAUUUGCCGCCUAUGAUCAAGGAUAUGAUGUCUUCCUCGGGAACUUUCGUGGCUUGGUUUCUAGGGAGCACGUUGACAAAAGCAUUUCCUCACGACGGUACUGGCAGUACUCAAUCAAUGAGCAUGGGACUCAGGAUAUUCCUGCAAUGAUAGAGAAGAUCCACCAAGUUAAAACUGCAGAAUUGAAGCUUAGUCAACCUGAUAUUGAGGAAGAAACCAAUGGUGAUCAACCUUAUAAGCUUUGUGCAAUUUGCCAUAGCUUGGGAGGAGCAGCUAUAUUAAUGUAUGUUGUAACACAGAGGAUAGAAGAGAAACCCCACAGACUCUCGAGAUUGAUUUUAUUAUCACCUGCUGGCUUCCAUGAAGAUUCUUCCUUUAUGUUUUCGGUCGUGGAAUACUCCUUUCUUCUAUUGGCUCCCCUUCUGCAACCCUUUGUUCCUGGCAUCUAUAUACCAACCAAAUUCUUUCGCAUGCUUCUAAACAAGUUGGCACGGGACUUCCAUAAUUACCCUGCUGUUGGAGGAUUGGUUCAGACACUGAUGAGUUAUUUUGUAGGUGGAGAUAGCUCAAAUUGGGUUGGUGUGUUGGGCCUACCACAUUAUAACAUGAAUGACAUGCCGGGGGUAUCGUUCCAAGUGGCUCUCCAUCUUGCACAAAUGAAGCGUGCAAAAAGGUUUAGGAUGUUUGAUUAUGGGAGAGCUUCUGCUAAUAUGGAGGUUUAUGGAUCUCCAGAGCCAUUAGACUUGGGAGAGUACUAUAGGCUCAUUGAUAUUCCGGUUGAUCUGGUUGCUGGACGUAAGGACAAGGUAAUUAGGCCAUCAAUGGUAAAGAAGCAUUAUAAGGUGAUGAAGAAUUCAGGUGUAAAUGCAUCAUACAAUGAGUUUGAGUAUGCACAUUUAGACUUCACAUUUUCCCACCGUGAAGAACUCUUGGCAUAUGUCAAGUCACGCCUCUUGCUUGUGGAGCCGCCUCCAAAGCAGUCCAGCCCGAAGGGUCUAAAGCUAAAGAAGAAAGGACAGCAGGUUAAUAGUUAAUUUGAGAAAAACCAUGUGGUUCAUUUUUUUUGUUUACGAUGUAGCAUGUGCUGUAUCUUUAGGUGCAGAUUAUUGUUAUAGAUGAUUGAAUAUGUCAAUAUGUCUUACUCCAGUGCAAUCAGUAAUAACAGUUGCUGCCACUUUUUGCUUUCCCGCCACUUUUUCUGUGGGAAGCAAACUGUGUGGAUUGCCUGGGUGGAGCUUUGUACAAAAACCCCUUUGUGUAUAGUUUGUAAUGAAACAUGUUGUCUCUGUUCUGUAA